AUGUACAUACACGCCAACCUCGCCAUCCUAGCCCUCGCCGCCACCACCACGGCCCUCCCCAACCAAAACCCUAAGCAUCCGAAGCCGGGAAAACAACAACCCUCACGGAUCAAAUGCCCCAUAAUUUUCGACGGGCGCAUCCCCAUCGAAGCCACCCUUCUCGACUUCGACUCCCCUGAGCGCAGCCCCUACAACACCCAAUACGUCAAAGGCGAAAACCUCACCUGGUCCUCCAUCAUCCAAUUCCCUGCCUCAAACGCCCCAGGCCAACACCAGCACAUUAAUCCCUCCCGCUUCGAUGAACCUAGAACUCACAAGCCGUUCGAAGUAACCAUCGACAACAACUCGCUCUUCCGCACUGGCUCAGGUCUGCAAACUGGAUUCCGGCGCGCGGGACUCCUGCUAAAGAAUGACUCCAACCCUGAAGGUUCCGAUGCCGCGGAUAAAGGAGUCGUCACCUUCCAUUGGAGCGUCCUUCAGAAUCCCAAGGUGCAUCCGCUGAAUCUGACGCACGAGUACAUGAACGUGUGGCAUGAGCGCGCCGACUAUGCGGGGAAUCAGUUCACGUUUAGCACGGGAUUGUUGCUGAAGCAGGAUGGGGGGGAUGGAGUGAACACGAGGAAGAAGAGGGAGCAGUUCCGGGUGCAGGAUCGGAACAACAAGAUUGUGUUCGAGACGGGGAUUCAGUGGAGCGAGUGGCAGAAUUGGGCGGUGAAGUUGGAUCAUGCGAAGGGGACGCUCCAGGUCUUCUAUUCGGAGGGAGACAGGCCACUCAACGCCGUGACGCGAGCAUUGGAGAACGACAACACGGGUGGUGGCCAGUUGCAGCUUGGCAUAGCGAAGAAGCCGACGGAGACCGAAACCGUGGUUUGGGACGGCUACCAUGAAGUGAUGAAGCAUAAAGAGGGUCAGAUAUAUUCUGGCGUGUUCGUUGAGGACAGCACGGAUGGCUGCAUCAGUGUCUGA